UCCUUCCCUCCCUCCCUCCCUCCCGCCGCCGCCGCAGCCGCACCGAGACACAAAAAGCGGCUGGGGCCGGGCUGGGCAGGGCCGGGCAGGGCCGCGGCGGCACCAUGACGGAGACCACCAAGACCCACGUUAUCCUGCUGGCCUGCGGCAGCUUCAACCCCAUCACCAAGGGCCACAUCCAGAUGUUCGAGCGAGCCCGGGAUUACCUGCACAAGACCGGACGCUUCAUUGUCAUUGGUGGCAUUGUCUCGCCUGUGCACGACUCCUAUGGGAAGACGGGUCUGGUCUCAAGCCGGCACCGCCUGACCAUGUGCCAACUGGCCGUCCAGUCCUCCGACUGGAUCAGGGUGGACCCCUGGGAGUGCUACCAGGACACCUGGCAGACCACCUGCAGCGUGCUGGAGCACCACCGCGACCUGAUGAAGAGAGUGACUGGCUGCAUCCUCUCCAACGUCAACACGCCCUCCAUCACUCCUGUGAUCGGCCAGCCCCAGAACGAGUCCUCGCAGACCAUCUACCAGAACAACAAUAACGUCUCCAACAAGCCCACCGCGGCAAAGAUCCUGGGGAAGGUGGGAGAAAGCCUUAGCCGGAUUUGCUGCGUUCGCCCACCCAUGGAGCGCUUCACCUUUGUGGAUGAAAACGCCAACUUGGGGACGGUGAUGAGAUACGAGGAGAUCGAGCUUCGCAUCUUACUGCUCUGUGGCAGCGACCUGCUGGAGUCCUUCUGCAUCCCCGGUCUCUGGAAUGAAGCAGACAUGGAGGUGAUCGUCGGGGAGUUUGGGAUCGUGGUGGUGCCCCGGGAUGGAGCAGACCCCGAACGGAUCAUGAACCACUCCUCCAUACUCCGCAAGUACAAAAACAACAUCCUGGUGGUGAAGGACGACUCAAACCACCCCAUGUCAGUCGUCAGCUCCACCAAAAGCAGACUGGCCCUGCAGCAUGGAGACGGACACGUUGUGGAUUACCUCUGCCAGCCUGUCAUCGACUACAUCCUCAAGAGCCAGCUCUACAUCAAUGCCUCCGGCUAAGCGCCAGAGGUCUUGCAGCGAGACAGCCCUCGUGUCCCGCCUGCCUACAGCUCUCCAUCACUCUUUUCUCUCUCUCUCAGUCCGUGUCUCCAUCUCUCUCCCCACCCCAUGGCCUCCUGCUCGUGUCUGCCUCUCUCCCCCGGUGCCAAUGCUCCAUCGUGCAGCAAUGUCCAGGGAACUGCAGCACAGCCCCGAGGGGAAUGGUUUGGUCUCUUUUUUCAGGGAACUGUCCUCCCCCUCAUAUGCGGGGAGGGAGGGGGGACCAGUAAAAGAUCGAUGUGCUUGGUGCGCUCGAGGGGAGGCAGCUCUGGCACCCCCCUCCCAGCAUGUCACUGGGAAAUGGUCCCCCCGGUCCGUCCUCCCAGCAUGCUCAGAGCAGGGGCUUCCUCUUCUGCAUCAUCUUACAGUACUUAAGCUCAGUAAAUCUAGGUGGACUUUUUUUUCUUAAAUAGUUUUAGUGCGAGCCCUCUGGGCCUCUCGACACGAUGACCAAAUGAAUCCUGGCUGGCAGCAGGCAGUUGCAACCCAACUGGCUCAGUGCCCCAUGGCAGGUGUACCACGUCAGGCCAGCAGUAGGACAACCCAGCUAACAAAAUCCUCCUUCUGGCCCUGAAAAAUCAUGGAGAGGGCAUUUCUGAAGGGGAGCAGAGGCCUUGGCAAGCAUUGCUGCCAAAGCAUUACUAGGGGAGGAUGUCAUGUCUUACCUUUCCUUGGCUGCAAGUGAACCCAACCCACCCCAAGGCAAGUGGAGUUGGGGUGAUGCUCUACUCAGACCCAGUGUUGGAGAGGACACCCCACUGCACCUAGAAAGGGACCUGCCAUUUAUGAAGCCAAGAAACGAGGGAGGAAGAAGCAAGCAGGUGGUGACCCAAAGCCUCUGGUGAGAAUUUGCCCCAAACCUGGCUGACCUUUUUGGGGGCUGGGUCUAUCCCCAUUCUCUAGCCUCCAGAUCUCCAUUUCUGUCUGUAAACUUCCCCCUUCUCCCUCCACUCCUACCUUCUUCCUCUCCUUGAAGAGUUUAUUAAAUGCGUGAUACUUUCCCCCUCCCAAACCAGCUGUGGCUACUUUGCACAUCCCUUGGGACAUGCCACGCUUCUGCUCUCCUGCCUGUGACAUGCUCCCAAAUGCCGGGGAUGGAGCCUAGUGGAGAUGCUCGCAUUAAAAUCAGGGCAGGUAACAAGGAGCAAAAGAAAAUUAUUUAAGUCCUGUGGAGAGGAGUGUUGCUGAAGCAGGCCGUUGUCCUGCUGAGCAUCUCUAGGGUGCAAGGACCAUGCACAGCCCCGGGGAAAGGUCACAGCCGCAAGGAAGAAGGUACAGUCCUGCUUUACUCCUCACCUUUUCCUCUCCCUUUGCUCCAUCUAACCUUGUAUUGCUUUGGAUAUAGCCCUGCUGCCUAUAGCUCCUGGACAUCUGCCCACUCCCCAUAAAUUUGGGCUAACUAGGCUCAGGCUAAGCCACACCACCACGCUCUCCCAAAGCACAACCAUUACCCAUGCUGGCUUUGUGGCUUUCCUAGGGCAGCGCUGUGACUAGCUGCUGGUCCCAAGCAAGGGACAGUGUUCUGUUGAGACACCCAAGGGCUGGGAGUGCUUCAGAGUGUUUCAGGGAAAGAUCUGAAAUUACCCCCCACACACACUCCAUCCCCUUAAAAGUCUACAAAUGGUCACAAGCUGCUCUCAUGGAAGCUCCAAAGAUGAGAGAUUGCACUAAAUUUGGUGACCUGUUGGAUGCUGCUGGCAUCUCUAUAACAGCAAGCAACUUUGGACAAAACAAGGUAGCCUACAGCCACAGGCUCCUUGCAGCAGGCAGGGUUUUAUGAGCAGUAGCUAACAACUUCUCGAGGAGAGCACAGCUCUUCCCAGAAGGGAAAGCAAGAGAGACAGAAGUGAUGUGACAUGCCCAAAGGCCAGAAGAGGUCUUUUCUUGCCAGGGAUUUCCCUCCGCACAGAGAGGCUUGUUCAGGAACUGUUGUAAAUUUGGCAGCUGAAUCCCUCAAUGCCAGGUCUGGUAUCUCCAGGCAGUUGCGUACAUAUCCCAUGGGGUGAGGAGAUAUGCAGACACCAAAGCAGAGAGGGUGGCAAGGGACUUGGAGUGCAGGGAUGCCUCUUCUCCAGGGAAGUCUUCAGCCAGUUCAAGCUGCUCACAAGCAUCCUACUGAGCUCCCUUAGCUAACACGCUGGGCAGGUGCCCAUGGUGGGACAUCUCAUCCAUGAGACACUCAACAUACAUAAGCCAGUAGCUAGAGUCCUCUCCACCUGUUGUUCUCACAUGUUCAGUUUUUCCGUCUCUCCUCCCUAACACAGAAGUUAUUUCAGAGAGCAGCCUCCUUUCCUUGCCAGACGUCACCCAUGUUUCUUAGCUCCAAGCCGGAGGAGAAAAAGCAAUGGUAGCGACCAGCCUCCAAAACACAUACACACAUGUAGAGCGGGAUUUUAACCUCCUGGGGGAGCGAUGCCUCUUUGAAGGAGGAGGAAGGACAGUGGGUUUUAAGUGAGGAAAAGACAGGGAAAUAAAACAAAGGAGAUAGAGAAGGAAGGCAGGCAGCGUGUCCGAGAGCCAUCUCAGAUCCUCCCUCCCUCCCUCAGGUACGCAAGAUGGGACGCAGGGGAAGCCAGACGGCUUCCCAUCCCAUUGCAGUUAGGACGGCAUGCCUUAGAGACGUAGAGUUGUGGUACGGAUUAUGAGUAUAUUCUGUUUUACUAGUCUUACCUGCGCCUUUGUGUAUCCGCUCAGUAAAACUCACAGUACAGGGGGGGUGGGAUGGGGGGUUUGUAACAGGUCAUUCAGCUCUGGGACUGGUUUGGAAAAUGUCUUUGGGUGGGUAUGGAGAAAAAAAAAUAAACAUCCCUGAAGAUCCAUGUGACCACCAGGGAGGUGAGGACUGGGGUUUCCAGGGUGCAGGGGCGGGGUGGGAAGAAGCUCGUGGGUUUUGGUCUUUGAACCUCCACUUUUAAACAGUGCAAUUUGCUGAAAGAGAAAUGAACUUCAAAUGCCUUUUGGGAAAAAAAAAAAAAAAAAAAAAGGGGGUGGGGAGGGGAAGGGGUUGAAGU